AUGGACACGUUCAGUUGGAACAAAAUAAAUGUCUCGGUCAAGGACCGCACGACCAAGACACCCCUCUCCCUCCUCUCUAAUGUGGCUGGUCUGGUGCGCGCGGGAGAAAUGCUGGCCAUCAUGGGGCCCAGCGGCUCCGGAAAGACGACCCUGCUAAACGCUCUGGCCCACCGAGUGGCUGCCGCUGGCGCUACUACCACGGGCGAGAUAUGCGCAAACGGACAGCAGGUGACGCGCAGCAGUAUUCGCGCCUUGUCGUCGUAUGUCGAGCAGGAGGAUGCCUUGAUUGGAAGCUUGACCGUUCGUGAGACGAUGAUGUUUGCCGCACAGCUCUCACUACCAAGAAAUGUCAGCAGGAAGGAGGCCUUUCACCGGGUGGACGACCUGAUCGCUAGUUUUGGUCUUCAGUUGCAGGCCAAUACCAUUGUAGGCACUCCUUGGAGCAAAGGUCUGAGCGGUGGCCAGAAGAAACGUCUCAGUGUGGCCAGCCGUCUUGUUACCAACCCAAAGAUUAUGUUUCUCGACGAGCCUACAAGCGGCCUCGACUCUGCCCUCAGCCGAGAGGUGUGCAGCUACAUCAAGGCCAUUGGAAAGGCCAAUAACCUCAUCAUCAUUGCCUCUAUCCACCAGCCGUCCUCGACCACAUACCAUCAAUUUGACAAACUCUGCUUGCUAUCCGGUGGCCGAACGUGCUAUUUUGGUGGGACUGCAGAAGCGCCUGCGUAUUUCUCGCGCAUCGGCUAUCCAGUUCCGUUGGACUCUAGCUCUCCAGAGCACUUCCUCGACCUCGUGAACACUGACAUCGACACAACCGGAGAGAUUCGGCGCCGCACAGAUGGCAUCUCACGUGCCUGGAACACGUCCGAUCUCGCUGCCGGUCUGCAGAUGGACGUUGACCACAGGGACAACGACGGUCAGAGUAGCCCUGUUCUCGACAACUACAAGGCAGACGGACCAAGACCGUGGGUGGUGCCGGUUGUGUUGCUGCACCGCUCAUGGAUCAAAUCGUAUCGCGACGUCAUGGCCUACGGAAUUCGCUUGGCCAUGUACCUGGGUCUGGCCAUACUGAUGGGUACCGUCUUCCUACGUCUCCAGCCAGAACAAAAGUACAUUCAGCCUUACACCAAUGCCAUAUUCUUUGGCGGGGCCUUUAUGUCAUUCAUGGCGGUCGCUUACGUUCCGGCCUUUCUUGAGGACCUUGGCACUUUCAAGCAGGAGCGUGCCAACGGUCUUGUCACGCCCUUGUCCUUCUUGGUGCCCAAUUUUCUAAUUGGCUUGCCCUUCCUCUUCUUCUUCGCACUGGUCUUCUCAAUCAUCGUUUACUGGCUUUCCAACUUUACUCCGAGCGGCUCUGCCUUUUUCAGAUGGGUUCUCUGGCUUUUCCUCGACCUGAUUGCUGCCGAGUCGCUGGUGGUUCUCGUAUCGUCUAUUUUCAACGUUUUUGUUCUGGCACUAGCCGUCACGGCUUUUGCCAACGGUCUUUGGAUGUGUGUGGACGGAUUCCUGGUGCCCAUGUCAAUACUGAAUGUGUUUUGGAAAUACGUCUUCCACUAUAUCGACUACCAAGCCUACGUUUUCCAGGGCAUGAUGGUCAAUGAGUUUGAACACCGCGAGUACUGGUGUGCAAAGACAGAUGGCGGCCUGUAUCAGUGCAGCUACUCUAGUGAUCUCAAUAACGUCGGAAAGAUUCGAGGCACCGACGUCCUGAAAGAACUCAGCAUCCACACGGGACAGGAGGGCACUUGGAUUGGUAUCAUGAUUGGAAUCAUUGCGGGCUAUCGGCUGUUGGCCUAUCUAGUCCUGGUGAUGCGCAAGUAA